AUGCCCUCCGCACAGAGACCCGUCUUCACCCCCGAAUCACCAAGUCGCUUCUACCCAACGACCCGCGUCGUGACGGCCAUCCCCAACAACCCGCCGCCCGACUAUCCCAUUUCCGUCCUCGGCAAGAUCAAGUACGCGCUCCGCCGCAAGGCCGCCAGGGCCGCUGCUGCCGAGCGCACGCCGCAGACGCCGCAGACUACGUACCACACCAACGAGAGGGGCCAGAUCAUCGAGACGAGAUUGCGACAAAAGCCUGCCCAGGCUUCACUUUCUGGGUAUUACGGCGAGAGGGUAAGAUGCUCGGAUAUACUUGACAGGCGCGCGUAUGAGCUGAGGAGACAUGGGUUCAAUUUCCAUUAG